AUGAUCCGAAAAAAGCAUCCAAGAUAAUUGAUAAACAUUUACGGGAUCGAAAUUUUGUAGUUUUCGAUUUUACUAAAGCUGUAGAUGAUUCUCUAGCAGUUAGACUCGGUUGGGAUACGCCUAUGAAAUUGGAUACAUAG